AUGUCUGAAACAAACUCAAACACAAACACAAACCUUAACCCUUACAAAGAUCCUCUUUUUAUUGCUGUAAAUGAAAGUGCAGCAACACCUCUGGGAAGCAUUCUCCUUGAUGGAAACAAUUUUGUUAACUGGAACAGGAGCAUUAAGAUUGCUCUUGGUGCAAAGAACAAGCUUGCCUUUCUGGAAGGAAAGCACCCUAAGCCUUCUGAAGGACCAGAUGAAGUGCAGAAGUGGACUAGGUGUGACUAUAUGGUGAGGUCAUGGCUGUUGGCUACCAUGAAACCUGGCAUUGCAGGGAGCCUGGUGGGUAUGCCAUCAACCAAAAGGCUAUGGGAGGAAAUAGUUGAGAGAUAUGGACAGACAAAUGCCCCUCAACUGUAUCAGCUGAAGAAGGAUUUGUGGUUCCUAGAGCAGAACAAUCUGAGUGUAAGUGAGUAUUACUGCAAAUUGAAAGAUCUGUGGGAUCAAAUUGCAGAACUUGAGGACAUACCUGAAUGUUCAUGUGGAGCAUUAGCUAGAUGCAGUUGCAGCAUUGUGAAGAAACUACUGGAAAUGAAAUCCACAGACAAGUUGAUGAAAUUUCUCAUGGGACUAAACCCUGGUUAUGACCAAAUGAAAACCAAUUUUAUGGGUAUGGAUCCUCUCCUACCUGUGAACAAGGUUUACAACUUGGUGAUGCAGGUUAAAAAACAGAAGCAAAUCUCUGGUGAGCUUAGCCUUGGCCCUGAGACAAGUGCAUUGGCUGUGAACAGACAGGGCCAAAGCUUAGGACCAUUGCUGAGUUUUGACAAAAGGGAAUACAAGAGAAAGCAGAGGGAGAAAUGGGAGAAGGAAACAAACACAUGUGACCAUUGUGGGAUGAAGGGCCACUUGAAGGAAGAAUGUUUCAAGUUGGUGGGAUAUCCAGACUGGUUCAAGAACAACCCUAAGGGAAAAGGAACUGGGAGACAAGCUGCAAAUGUUUCAAGGGAAGAAGAAAUGCUGACUGGAGACAAUCCCUUGGAUGUGCUAUCUCACCAAGCAGAAGGUACUGGUACUAAGCAUGAUAACAAUUUCAUUUCUUCUGUUGUACAGGAAGUUAUGAGAGCUCUGGGGGAGAAACAUAACACAUGA